AAGAGAAAAGGAGGAGUGGGAGGGGGAAAGCAGACUGCCGGAGGGGGAUCGAUCAGCUGACAUUCUUGGUGCAGGAGGCGAGGGAGGCGGACGGCCGGCGGGACAGUGGCAGCAGGUGAGCACAACACCCGGCGCCGCCAUGUGCCCCAUUCACCCUCUUCUUCGACCUCAUCCGCCGUGUUAGUGCCAGUGCCAGUGCCAAGGAGGAACCCCAGGGCUUCCUCUGUCCCCUCCGAACUAUUUACCGGCAACCCCCCUCUCUCCCCCCUCCCUACCCCCACCCCUCCCACGUGCACGUGUGUUUUGCAGGUGUGUGUGUGCGUGACGCUCGACCCGGGCAUGCGGCGUGCUUAGAGUAUCAUCUCACUGUUGUUGUCUUGCCCGGAAUCGCCAUUCAAACCAUCUCACGGGAUUACCCCGCGCGAUAAUUCACGGCCAAUUGGGCUUGUCGGCUAGAUUGUUGUGGCUUGAUGGAGUGGAGUGCCAUGAUGGAGUGCCGUGCCUGAGUGCCUGACGGGGCAGCGGGGACUGCGAGAGACGGCCUUCAAUGCACUCUGGAGACCGCACUCGCCGGUCGGCUAAAAAGGGGGCGGCGGUGACAUAGAGGGCGUCCGCGUGGGUAUGACCCUGGGUGGCACUCCCUCCAGGUGGCUGCUGGAAAUGCUGCGUCACCAGGAAGAUCUUAUUGCUCAACUCGAGAAGGAAAAUGAGUUCUUAAAGCGAGAAGUGGUGUCGGUGGGCGAGGGCGUGAAGGAGAUGGCGAAAGAAAACACGGACCUGAACAGAAGACUGACGGAAUCUCUAAAUCAAGCUAUUAAUACAGGCGAAGGCUCAGACACUUCUAGCUACAACUUAGAAGAGAUGGAUGAAGCCAUUCGGAGACAGAUGACAGCACUAAGCAGGGAAAGAGCCCUUCUACAGGAGGAAGUAGGGCGUCUUGAAGGAUCCCUCGCGGCUGUGACCAAGAGAGAACAGGAGGCGCUGGCGAAGCUCAACCACGCCCUCGCUCUCGCCCAGGACACACACGCACACACGGCCAAGGUCAGAGCGAGCAGCGAGUCGGCCCUCGAGGAAGUGACCAACCUGCUUACGGUGACGCAGCAGGAGGGCAAGGAGCUGAAGCGCCAGCUGGCCGACGCCGAGGAGAGGCUGAAGAAGCAGGAGGGCAACGCCGAGGAGCGCGAGGAUCAGCAACGGCAGCGCCUUCAGCGGCUGGAGGACGAUCGGGACGACUUGGAGCAGCUCGUCUCACAGCUCAAGCAGCAGGUGCGGGACGGCGCGAGAAAGAUUACGGACCUCGAGGAGGACCUGCAAGUGGCCAAGGCGGCUCGACUCCGCCUCGAGGCCCAACUGGAGGAGCAGCGGCAGCACUCCAAGGAUGCUCACAGCAGACUGGAUCAGAUCAUUAUGGCGCGCAGCGGCGAGGCGGCGGCGGGGGCGGCGCGGGCGAGGGAGCUGGAGGAGAGGCUGAGCGUGGCCAGGCAGGACUCCAACCGCCUCCUGCUCACCAUCACGUCCUUGGCGCAGGGCACGGGCCGGACCACCGAGCUGGACACCACAGACGACGUGAAGAGUGAGCGACGAGCGGCAGAACAGCAACUGAGCGCUACCUUGGCCGCUCUCCAGACCAAACACGAAGACGAAGUGAUGAAGCUGCGGGAGGCGGCGGACCAGCAGAGCGAGGCCAUGAAGAGCCUGAAGGCGGAGGUGGAGCGCAUGAGGCAGCAGCUGGCGGAGGACAACGAGAAGUAUCGGGUGUGCUUGGAUGAGGUUGGACGGGGUCUGGCGGCUCUGAAAACCUCAAGCCCCGACCAGAAAACUCAGCCCUUCAAAGAAGCGUCCGAUGCGGCCAGCAAGGACUUGAAAGCUCUGGAGGAUUCCGACAGUGGGCUUCCGUCUGCGACUUCUACGACUCCUGCCGCCGACAGCGAAAAGGGUAGAGACGCCUCGCGCGGGACUGCCGGCAGGGGAAGGGAGGGAGUGGAGAGGGAAUCCGAAGCAACGGAUGUCGUAAAAACAGCCGAGGAAACUCCGAAAGGGGAAAAAGAAGAGUCAAAACGAAGUGAUAAAGAGGAAGAUCUGGAUAAAGACAUAAAAGCCAGCAAUGGCGGUGCGGAGGAGGGGACUGGCAACGCCAAAGGUGGAGAGGACGACAAGACGGGAGAAGAGGACGCAGAAGAGGGGCAGAACGAGGCCAAAGGCGGAGAUGACGACAAGAAAGACGACGACGCGGAAGAGGAAAAUGACAGCCCCAAAGGGGGAGACGAUGACCCGAAAGAUGGAGACGGCGACGCCAAUGACGGAGAUGACGCUGCGGGAAGGGACAACGAGCCAGACGAAGACGGCGGCGACGCCCAGGGAAACGGCGAAAAGGAAGGCGCCGACGAAGGAAAGGGGGAACCCGACGACACCCGUGGGAGCGCCGACGGCACGGAGGGAGAGGCAGAGACCAAACAGAAGGACGCAGGAGCGGGCGAAAGGAAGGAGGAGGACAGUUCAGAGGCCAAGCAAGAAGAACCCUGCGAAGACGAGGACUGUGAAAGAUGCGUGAACUGGACGGUGAUAAUGGAUUCCCUCGAGGACGCGCUGCAAGGGCCUUCAGCUGGACAUCAACAAGCAAGCGGCCCGCAUUGACAGGCUAUCGGCGAGGGAGAGGGCCCAGUGCGACAACUGCGUCAUGCAGCACCUGGUCCUCGGCGCUGUCUACAACAGGCUCGACAACGUUGACAAGUACUCUCACAUAUUGGACGACAGGAUACAGUCGCUCUCCCACAGACUGCUGAGCUGUUAGACAUUGUGAGAACAACGGGCAAGGAGAGGGACGUCCUACGCCAGGAAGUCACGUUCCUUCGUAAGAUAGUGUCGACAUCUUCGGAUCCUACAGCUGCUCUAGUCAUGCCGCCCCUCGAACCCCUG